AUGUCGACUUCAAAUAUUACCAACGUGCAGCUCGAUCCUGAACAGGCCGACAAAGCUUACGAUGCUGCCAUGCGACUACUUCGGCAGCCUGAGGAGCGUCUAAAUGAGGCGAUUGACUUACUGAGCGAAAGUGUCAGUUUGACCCCAAGAGAUAACCCAAAGUUGGCCCAAAGGAGUCUGAUUCUGGCCGCAAUCACCCUCCAACGCUGCUCUCUCUACCCAAGCCGCGAAAGCCUUGUUUGUGCUUCUACAAAUAUGGCAAGGGCAAGAAAGCUGAUUUCUCCUACUCACUCCAUUUACCCCGUCUACAUCGAAAACUUGGAAAUACUUCGUAAUUGCAAAUUCCAGCAAUACGAAAUGGACAACAAUCCGCAGGAUCUCUGGGAUGCGAUCGAAGUAAGCAAGCAGAUCCUCCUGGACCAGGCUGCUGACGAACGUACCAAAAUCUUUGUCCAAGCAGGUCUCGCCCAGUUGUACGGUCAUCUGUUUGAACACGAUAAACAGAACCGGUAUCUGGACCUUGGAGUGGACCAUGGAAGGCAGGCUCUAGAGAAGGCGACAUUGCCGCCAUCUGACAGAGCACAUUUCUUUGGUUCGCUCGCGCAGGCACUUUCUAACCGCUACAAGCACAUCGAAAACGAAGCAGAUCUCCAUGAGGCGAUUUUACGUGGCGAGGCUGCGGUUAACAAUAUAGGGGAGGAAGAUGCGGAUAGAUCAAAAUGGUUGAACAACCUGGGUCUAUCUUACGAACUACGCUUUGAGAGACUUGGAAAUCCGACUGACCUGGAGCAAGCCAUUCAAUUCACUGAAAUGUCUCUUGAGCUUACCCCACUGGAUGACCCAAGAUUUCCACCGAGAACUAACAAUCUUGCCAAUCAAUUCGGGCGCAGGUUUGAGCUUACCGGAGAGAGCGAGUAUUUGAACAUAGCAAUUGAUAAGCUCCGAGCGGUCACAGACCGCCAGGCAUCCAACGCUUCAGAUCGUGCAACAUAUCUGAACAAUCUCUCCUUUCUCUUAAUGACCCGAUUUCGGCGCGAAGUGGACUUUGCAGACCUUGAUGAGGCCAUUGAGAAAAGUAAAUUGGCUGUUGACGCAACCCCCGCAGGCCACGCGGACCUUCCGAGCCACUAUAACGGCCUUGGAAACGGGCUGAGGAAUCGGUAUGAACGAGAAAAAAGGGAAGAAGACAUCAAAGAGGCCAUUCGGUGUGGUGAAGAGGCUAUUCGCUUAUCAAUUGGCCAUCCAUUUCGGAAGACCUGGCUGUCGAAUUUGUCACUUUCUUACCUUUCGCGGUUUAGAGAGACCGAAGCACCAGAGGAUCUCGGAAAGGCAAUAAAACUCACAGAAGAGUCCCUGUCGUGUCCAGGUGAUCUCCCUGAUAGAGCAAUCCAACUUCUCAAUCUGGGAAACAUGUAUAUCCUUCGUUCUUCGUUGCAGGAUGUUUCAAAAGACCUGGAUACUGCAUUGAAUCAUUUCGAAGAAGCCGCAAACAUGCAGUCGGCUCACCCUUUGCAUCGUAUCAAAGCAUCUCGCAGCGCCAUCAGGAUCUUACACGAGAGAGAGGCUUGGGAUAAAAUGAAAAUAUUAGGGGAAAAUGCUAUGGAGCUCCUUCCGAUGGUAUGUGGCCGAUAUCUGAGUCGGAAAGAUCAACAGCAGGCCGUCAUUGAGACCUCUGGCUUAGCAGCCGACGUUUGUUCAAUAUUACUCAGAGGAGACCAGGUUGAGCAGGCGCUGCAGCAACUGGAGUUCGGCAAAGCAAUUUUGAUCGGCUAUGCAAUAGACAAUCAUGAUGAUCUCAGGACUCUGGAAGCGCGCUGCUCAGACCUGACCAAGAGAUACAGGGAUUUGAGAAGCCAACUAUACCUGCAACCUACACUGGAAAGUUCUAACAUUGGCGAGGGCCAAAUGAACAAGCGCAGAACUGCUUCUCAUCUUAUGGAAAAGUGUUUGGCAGAGAUCCGUCGGAUCCAAGGCCACGAGGACUUUCUCCGUGGUCUCAGUAUGGAGAAAAUGGAGGCUUGCGCUAGUGAAGGGCCUAUUGUUGUUGUCAACCUCACAGAUAUCAGCAGUGAUGCCAUAAUUGUGUCGACUUCCAAGGUGCAGAAGAUUCCUCUCCCGAGGUUGCGGGCCGGCGAAGUGCCAACUUUCAUUUCGAGUGCUCUUCGAAAUUUUAGAUCCUCCGACGGCGACUUCCAAGACUUCCUAGUCGAUCGAGAUAUAGGAAGCGAGAACGAGGGCCCCGGUUUGAUGGAUACAGAAUUAGUCCUUUCGUGGCUCUGGGAAAGUUGCGUAAAGGUGGUCCUGGAUGAGCUCGGACUACGACCAACAGCAGUCGGAAUGGCACAGCUUCCGAGGGUCUGGUGGAUCGGUGCUGGCGUGGCAAGCUCUCUUCCUUUUCACGCAGCGGCACUUUCUACAAAUAAAUACGACUCUGAAAACAAUGCACUUAGUCGAAUGGUCCCCAGUUACUCGCCCUCGAUCAAAGCGUUGUCUUACUCGAGAGAAAAAUCAAAACAAUACGCCUGCACUCCCCACGAGAAACGUAAAGUGACGGUAGUGACAAUGACAACAACUCCUGGGUAUGGUAAACUCAACGGUGUUCAACUGGAAAGCAAUUUGAUCAAAACGAAGUGUGGCUCCAGUAGCUUGUACGCUUGCGUGCAGCUACCACAGCCCACGGUAGAUGUUGUUUUGGAAAGCAUUGUGCAUUCGGAAAUCGUACACUUCGCGUGCCACGGAAAGUCCCACAGCAGUGAUCCCUCAAGGAGUCACCUACUGCUGCAGAAAUACGACGAAUCCGGCCAGCCAAAGGUUGACGCAUUAACCGUAUCAAGAGUUUCGAGUGUCGACCACGCAGGUCUUGCGUGGAUCGCUUACCUGUCGGCCUGCUCAACUGCAAGAAUAAACGCCUCCAAGUUCGCUGACGAAGGCAUUCAUAUCUCGAGCGCGCUACAAGUCGCAGGCUUUGCUCACGUCAUUGGAUGCCAAUGGCGUGUUGAAGACGACGUAUGUGUCGACGUCGCAAGAUAUUUCUAUGAGGCCUUCAUCGGUAGCGAACAUAAACAGCUGUGCAAUAGAGCGGUGGCAGAAGCUCUGAGGACUGCUGUUCUCCGUGUCAGAGACGAGCACCCUGACCCGCGGCAAUGGGGAGCGUACAUUCACUCCGGCGCUUGA